AUGGCCCAGGCUUCUCGCAUACCAUGUUGGAUUUCACGAUGCCGUCUCAAUUCCUUCAAUACCGUUAGAUACCUCCAAACCUCCUCUGCAGCCCAAUCACAGAAUCUCUCAUACCCCCUUUACCCUUCCGUCGCCCAAUUGCUCCAUGAAAAGGGCAUUCCGACAUCCGAUGCCUCCAAAAUCCCCGCCUCCGGGCCUCAAGGCCGGCUCCUGAAGGGUGAUGUCCUCGCCUUUAUCGGUGCAAUACCAGCAGACUACUCCUCAAACCUUUCCGCCCAGAUCUCCAAACUCGCCCAUCUAGACCUCAGCAAUAUCAAAAUCAAAAAACCUCUCGCUGAAUCUCAAACUAAACCUGAACCGCCACCCACACCCUCCCAACCCUCUCCGCCCCAAGAAACCGAAAUCUUGCUCCCAAUCUCGCUCAACCCCGUCCUAAGCAUGCAAGAACGCCUCCAAAAGGUUCUAGGCAUCACAGUCCCCCUAAGUACCCUCCUCGCCCGCGCCACAGACACAGCCAACGAAGCCCUCCCGGCGUCCCAGAUUACAUCCCGCUCUCAAUCUGCCGACGCCCUUUUUGAUGAGAUAAUUGGCAUAGCGCCGACAAAGGCCACGGCCACGGCCACUUACCCCCCCACGUCUCGCGGAAACUACAUCCCGGAGAUAUUUGCACCGGAGGAACAUUCCGCGCCUGCUCCUACUCGGGAGGUCCAGGUCCAGGAACUGGAUAUCAUAGACAUACUAUCCGGGAAAGCCAAGUUAUCAUCACCUCCUUCACCACCCUCCACCAAGGCUGCAACUCCACUCGAUUCCGCGGCUGUCGAUCUCGCCACCAAUAUCUUCAGCAUUAAAGUUCCAGUAGCUGAUCGAUUGCGCGGGGAGACGUUCCUGGCACGCCUGCGUGACGUGCUGCAAGAUCAACCGGAGAGCUUGGUGUUUUGA